UCCGAACCAUUAGAGACCCAGCUCCUGUGGGUCACAUACACACGACGGGGGUCUCCUGCCCUGUCCUCUUGUGCCAGCGAGUGCUCGUUUCUGCAUUCCCAGAAACUCGGCUUCCGGCUGAGUUUUGGGAAAUGGCGGUCAGGUUCCUGGCCAGAAAGAAAGGUUAUGAGAGACAGAAGCCUCCUUCAUGGCCUGCACCAGGGCUGGGCAGCUUUGGCCUGCCAGCUGCUUUUGGACUACAACUUCCAUCACCCCCAGCCAGUAGUUGGGGAUGAUGGGAGUUGUAGUCCAACAGCUGAAGGAGGGCCAAAGUUGUGCAGCCCGGUCUACAAUGCUGCUUGGAUGCUUUGUGGUCUAGGAGCCCUUGCCAAGAUGCUGACCAGUACGCACACACGCACGCAAGUAGGGUGGCAUCUCUCCUCUCCCAGUCCUGUGCCAUGACUUGCUGUGAAGUUUGCAAAAACACACACACACACACACCCCGCCGGUGAAGCAAAUGAAGGACUGAAGGUUCUGCAGAGUGGGGGAAAGUUUUGUCACCCUCCCCUCUGCAUUUCACUGGACCGCCUGAGUGAUCUUCCAGCUCCUCAGUGGCUGGAGCACUGCUGACCAGAAAAACAGCCCGAGCGGGGACGGUUCAACCGCUCCUCCUCACAGUCCUUUUGCUGAAACCUCCCCAGGCGGCCUUUUUUCAUUUUGAAACGGCCAUAUCGGGGGCCAUUAUCCACGUCCGCCGUAUAUUGUCGAGCUGGCCCUUUGCGUCCCGCUAUUUCCCCGCCUCUCAAACCGUGUAACGAUAAUCACUGCAGCAGUAGACAGGCCUGUCAUAAAGGAUUAGCUGAGAUCAGUCCGGAUUAGACAUGACGGCGCUCUAAGUGAUGGGGAAGCGUGCUGCAGGAAGCCUGGGAAGCCUGAUGCUGGUGCUAUCCAGAAAAGGCGAACUGCCCCAUGACAGGUCGAGUGUUGCUGCUGGAAGGAGAGUGUCUCCACUCGAGAAUGAUUCGCAAGAACGGUCACUGAGCUACUACGAGGGCCUCGCCUCGGGUGAGACACCGAGACGAAACAUGACUGGGCAGGAUGUUGUGAGGAAUUAUGGAAUAUUCUGGAAGAAGAGAGGGAGGAAAGGAGGAAGUCGGGAAAACUCCCAGAGUGGCGAAACCCUAUAUUUCACAGCUUUGUUUUCACACUGGAUCCAGAUCCUGGAAGCCUGUCUCCUUCCAAAAAGACAAGUAGAUUUAGGAGUUGCGUCCCUGUAUCUUCAAGGAAGACAAAAGCAUCUGAGAUGUCUAAUUUAGAAGAAAAAAAAUUGACCCAAGGGAGACCUGGGUGAUGCUUAUAAAACCAGGAAUGAUAUGUUUCUCGUUCCCUUGGAGUCACCUGGUGACACUGUUGGCAACAAUCUGAGGGCUUGCAAAAGGAGGUGCAUCUUUGCUUGCUGCACAGUCAACCUGUGGAAUUCACUGCCACAAGGUGCGACAAGCCACCUUGAGUUGGCUUUAAAGAUUAGACCAAUUCAUGGAAGAGGGUAGGUCUCUUGACCGCUAUUCCCCUGGGUAGCUAAAUGGAACGUCCAUGUCCAGAGGCAGUCUAUCUCUGAGUAUCUGACAAUGUGGGUAGACAGCAGAGUCCCUUUAUGCCUGCCUUGGUGGGCUUUCAGGAAAUCUGGCUGGGUGCAGCUGGAAACAGAAGGCAGCAGUAAGCAACCGGCCUAGAGAGGAGGGCGCUACUUUUUCCUCCAAGAGAACUUGAGCGCCCAGAUGCCUGGAUUUUAAUCACGACGGCUAUUAGCUGUAAUGGCUAAAUAAGAGCCUCCAUGUCCAGGGGCAGUCUACCUCUGGAUCAUGAGGACAAACAGCGGAAGGGCAGUUGCCUUCAUCCCCUGCUGCUGAGCUUCCCUUAGGAGUUGGGAAAUCUGCCCAGUUUGCUGCCUGCAGCAAGGCUGCAGUAAAUAAAACUCAGCCCGAGUCCUGGCAAGGCUGUAAUUAAAUUUCUUAGGUCCUCAGCCUGCCCAAUGGCACUGCCAAUUCUUGCCACAUAUUCAUGGGCAGUACUCCCAAAAAAGAGGAAAACAAACAGCUGCGAGAGAAGAACUGCGGGAAACCAGCUUGCUUCUGUUCGAAAUGUCUCGUGUAUUUGAUUUUUUCCCCCUGGCCAAACCGCUUCAGCUUGUGACGAGUGCCUCUUUACUCACUUAGGCUAAUUUUAAAUGUUCCUCUUUUGCAUCUCCAAAACUGUUGACACUGAGGAACAAGUUUUGGGAGUUCGAGGAAGUCUAGGGAAGGCCUUGCACAACAGCCUUGCAAGGCGGGGUGUCUCCCAGUUGCUUUACUGGCCAGCACACUGGCUGCUGCUUCAAACUGAACGUGGUAAGGUGCUCUCCUCAAACUCACAAGUAUCUGACCGGCCCGAAUCCCAAGCUCUAAUUAGAGGCCGAUUUAAUUAAAGUGAGCUCAGUGCUGUAGCAAUUGGCAUCAGCAUAGGCCCAAGCGGGCCCCACCUAGAAGGGCUGCUCGAGAGAAUGGAAUGCUGACUUCCUGGAAAGUCGGCUUUCAGGUGCAGCAAAGUACCCGUCAGCGGCAGCCAGGCUCCCUGGGACUCAAUGACCCCAGAAGCCUGCCAUUGUCAAAGAAUGCCUUCAUCCUGAAUUGCGCAAGUGGUGGUCAGGAGGCAAGGGGCAGUCUUCACAAGGCCGCUAUUGGUUCAGGCGGGAGGGGGAGUUUUGUGGUUUCCUGUUUUGGAUCCUUGAAGCGGAGAGCCUGAGGUGGCCCAGUGUGGACGUAGCAUUCCUGAUCUCCUAACCAUGGUUAACCAUUAGCAGUCGUGGUGGUGGGGAGCUAGGAGCAGGAAGAGCCAAAGCCAGACCCCCAAUCAGCCAUGAAGCUCACUGGCGAACUUCUGCUGAUCUUUGUGUCUGCCUAACCCACCUCUUAGGGUGGUGGUUGAGGAUAGAAGUGAGGGAAGACAACAAUGGCUGAUGCUCUGAGUUCCUUGGAGGAAGAGUGGGGAUGGGGAGUAGUAAAUGUUUCAAAUCAGUAUCCUACCUUGGGCUCAUGAGCUUGCUCUUCCCUUCCUUUUUGGAACCACCCAUGGUUAGCAUCCCAUGUGUGAACCAAGGUUUGGAAACCCCCCUUUUUUGCACACUAGUGUAUGAGCUAACCAUGGCUAGUGUCAAGACUAUAGUGCAUGUCACCUGGGUUAUCUCCAAUAAGGCAAGUAGGGGGCAAUUCACAUAAGAUGAAGGGAUCUAAGGAAGAGGCAAACACGCAAGUCACCUAGCACACUGAGUCACCUGGCCAUGGUUCCAGGAGUGGGGUUCUCCGUAGGCUCACUUCUUCCCUCUUUCUCUCCAAAUUCUCCCUUCCUUUCCUCUUUGGAGCCACACAAGGUUAGCGUUCCAUGUGCAAUCUGGAACUUGGAAGCCUAGUUCUAAACCUGCUUUGUACAUCCAGGUUUGCAGCUAACCAUGGUUACCGUUGCAACCGGCACACGAGUAACAUCGCACCAUUGUCAACUCCAAAAAGGCCAGGGAGUGGGAUGCCUCUUACUUAGCACUUGUUCAGUGCCAUCCAGAUACAUGGCGCUUUCCACAGAAUGAAAGAUUUGGUCCUUGCCUCAAGAAGGAGCUGGCAUUCCAGAUAUCUCUGCAAGGGAGACAGCAGAGGAAGGAGAAGGGAGGCAGGGUGAGCAGAAAGUACCGGGGGAAAGAGCAACGGUUGCUUUAAAUGGUGGAUUUUCCGGUGGAUUCGGAGAUCUGUGGUGCAGCCAGAGAGAAUCAGAAUUUGCAGCUCCUGGUGAGGGGUUUUGCCCCAUAUUCGUUGGGCGAGCUAUGCAUCUUGUUGGUUUUCUUGCCUGAAUUUGAGGCUGGGCCAUGAAUUUGAGAUGAAUGCCUGAAAGCCAUUUGGAACUAGGAAGUGAAGAUACCAAGUUGCUGUCUAACCCGCCUCAUUAAGCAAACAGAUGGAUUUUUUUUUCCCUAGUAGUUGCCAGCCCUAUGGCGGGUAAUUAGGACUUCCAUGGACAGAGGCAGUAUACCUUGGAAUGCCGGUGUGGGUGGCAUGCAGGUGCUUGCUUUCAUCCCCUGACCUGCCUUAUUAAAGAAACAAAGGGGGGGGGGAAUUAGUCAAAUCUCAUGUCUGUGUCAACAACUAUUAGCUAAAUGCAGCUUUCGUGGAUUGUAGCAUGUCCAUUUGAAUACCAGAUGCUGGGAGACAAACAGCAGAGGAAGGCCCCCGAGCCUUGCUUGUGCACUUCUCGUCACCUGGCUGGUCACUGUGUUGAAAAAGAUGCAUACGUUUCCAUCCACUUUGCUCAUGCCCUUACUACCAACAUUGAGCAGGGUUCCCAUAGCCCUGUACGGUCUCUCAUAAUUACCUUGUGCAAAUGCAGAAAAUAAUAUUGGGCCGCAGGAUUCAGCGUGCGGAGAAACGUAGCUUCCAUUAAAAAAAAAAAGAUCAAGGUUCUAGUCCUUAAGAUUGUCUUUGACAUUUUAAAGACAUUUUUAAGGACUAGAAACUUGAUCUUUUCCCCCUCCCCCAGAGAGGCAACCCAAAGAGCCUGUUGCAAGUACAGAACAAUCAAAGGUCUUGCGGCACCUUAAAUAUGAACAGGUUUGUUCUGGUAUUGGGCUUUCAUGGGCCAGAGCCCGUCUGGAAUCUCGGAAGCCUGGGGUGGGGGUUGUGUAUGGGUCUGUGCAUGAUCCGUCCUGGCCUACCAUCCAGGGUGGUUGAAAGGAUCACUGAGCUCAGGCCUUGUGGAGCGUUCCCAAACACUCCUUCAAACCAAAGGAUGCUUAUUACUAUUAUUUUUCUAAGAGGACUUUUGAAACCAGGGAGGUACCUGAGCUGCUUCUGUUUUUAUAGAGACCGGUUGGCCGCUUUUUGUGAACGGAGGGACGUCCCUGUGGAAACGUCUUCAUGCCUUGCCUGUUCAUUCAGCCCUCUGUGUGUAUGUGUGCAUCCCAAUGCUCGUUUCCUCUGCCCUUUAAAUUAUAUCUCCGUUUAGUUUGCAGAAGAGUCACCGCCAACUCCCUCCAGGGUGUCAAGGUAAUUGCAGAGCUCAGGGUGGCUCCGCGGCAGAGUUCUCUUCCUUCUUGAUCAGGGAUGAUAGAAAGGGAGUCUCGUCCGUCUCAGCGGGCCACGCCAGGGAGACACGCCCUUGCAGUGCUGGAGACUCAGACCGCAUCGUAAGGGAGGCACGGAGUCAAGGUUGGAGGCACUCCGUCACCUGCCUCAGUCAACCCAAAGGAAUCCUGACCUCAGAGAGGAAGCCAGUCCAGGGAGGUAAAAACAGAGCCGUGCUGGAGGAACUCGCUCACUCACUGCCUCUGACAGCCUGCAGGUUGCUUGGGAUCCUGCUGCCCUCUCUCCCAGUGGUUGCCCAGAAAACCAUCUGCCUGACAUGGCACAGCCAAAGCAGGGUCAGCUCCUACUCUUCUGCCUCCUUCUAGCUGCCGGUUCGGCGGUGAGAAUCAACGAAGAGGGGCAGAAAGUCAUCUACGUCCCCAAAGGGGAGUCGGUCAACCUAGGCUGCCCUUUCUCUUCGGACCCAGAAGACAACACGCCCGACAACGACUGGGAUAUUGAGUGGAGGCAGGUGAAGCCGGGCCCACACCAGCAGGGCAACCCGUUGUUGGGAUACCACGAUCACCGCGUCAUCCAUGGUGGGCCUGCUGAUCUCCAGCAGAGGGUGGGGUUCAUGUCUCCUGACCCGAGUCAGUAUGAUGCCUCGAUGCAGCUUCGUGACUUACAGAUCGCCGAUUCAGCCACGUAUGAAUGCACGGUGAAGAAAACCACAGAGGCCACCCGUAAAGUCACGAUUACUGUGCAAGAAAGACCAUUGGCACCCGAGUGCUACAUCAUUGGCGACAUAGCCUAUGGACAAGACAUCACCCUGCGCUGCAUCUCUUCUAUGGGCUCCCCGCCUCUCCAAUACCGCUGGACCAUGACGCAUGGGAAGCAGUUCCGGGACUGGAUUCCUGGUAGAGGAACAGUUGGCUCUGUCCCCGGCGACUAUCACAUCUACGACUUGUGUGAUGACGAUGUAGGAACCUACCAGUGCAGUGUGGGCAACAACGUGGGCAUUGCUUAUUGCUCGGUGGAGAUCAGCUUCAACGGAUUCAACCGUGGCUGGAUCAUCGGGGGCUCCAUCCUCAUCAGCCUCCUCGCCCUGGCGCUGAUCAUCGGGGGCAUUAUCUGGUGCUGUUGGUGCUGCUGCUGGGGGAAGGGCUGCUGUGGGGGUUGCCUGGGCUGCUACUGCGGGACGGACUACUGCUGGGACUGCUGUUGCAGCUGCUGUCGCGGAGGCCAGAAGCAGGAGCAGUGUGGCGAGACCAAGGCCAGCGAGAUCUGCGUGGAUGCCGACGCGCCCCCGAGCAGGCCCUGCAGCCAGGCCUUCAGCCGGGUGAGCAGCCUCCAUUCCCUGCUCGGCUACCAGACGCGGACCCCGCAGUACGCCCAGUGCCGCAAGUACGCGCCCCCCAUCGUCCAGGUCAAGAUGACGUCUCCCCCCGACAGCGACGUGAGCAUGGUCCUGACGCCGGAGAUCCCGUCUCCCCCCAGCUCGGAACAGGGCGACGCCGCUGACCCCUUCUACCCUGUGAAAGGGAGGGACCCCUACGCCCCUGGGGACUACACCAAGGGGGAGAGCCGCGACAUCUCCACCCCGCGGCCCCACAUCUACUCCAACCCGCACCAGUUCUCCACGGUCACCUCAGACCCCGGCUGCGUCCGCUGGAAAAAUGGAGACACCAAGGCUUACAAGGGGGCGGUCACGAUGAUGCGGUCACCCAGCAAGGAGGGGCUUUUGAUAUAAGUCGGACGUGGGGCGUUGGGGAAGGGCGGGGGGAGGGACAUGAUGGUGGUAAGUUCCGCGCUUAAGAAACUGCUGUCUGCGGAGUCAGAGCCUUGGUCCACCUGGCUCUGACCGGCAGCAACUCUCCAGGGAUUUCAAAUGGGGUCUUCCCCAGCCCUGUGUGGAGAUGCCAGGGAUUAAACCUGGGACCUUCUGCUAGCGAAGCCGAUGCGCUCCCACUGGGUGACCGUCCCUCCCUUUCAGUGUUUCCGAUUUCCCACCCUUCAACUCUGGGGCCAGAGAUCUCAGUUUGUUGGCCAGCAUGGGAUGCAAUCAGCAUCCAUUCCCUGUCGUCAUAUAUGAAUUAAUGAACGAUGUCCCAUGUGUUGGACACCCACAGUUAGGGUUAGGGCCGGGUAGGGAAGCCAGGGUUUGACUCCCCACCAGGUACCUUGUCUACCUUGCAGGGGUGUUGCAAGGAUUCUUAAGGAAAUAAUGUACGUGUAAAGCAUUUUGUUCCAAAGUGCUAUACACAUGCUGAGUAUCUCUCUCUCACACACCAUGCACAAUUCUAUAGACUUCUCUCUUGUCUCCCCUCAGUUGCCUUUUUUCUAAACUAAAAAGACCCAGAUGUUGUAGCUUUGCUUCAUAAAGAAGAAGAUGUCCUAGGCCCCUGAAGCAAACUCCCCUCUCUCAGCCUCUCUUCCACAAAUGCAAUACGGGUUUUUUUUGUUUUUUGUUUAAUUACCCUAAAGGGUUGUUGUGAAGAUAAGACCUAUGAAGCACUAUACAAAUGCUAAGUAUUAUUUUGGUGGCAGCUUUGAAUGUUUACUGGAAAAAACUCCACCACAGAUGCGAAGAGGCAGUAUUAGAAGAACAGCAUUGCACAUUGUGAAAACUGCUUGAUCUUUCACGAGCAUCUUUUUAUACAGAAAAGGACUGCAGACUCUAGAAGCAGCCCAUCCCAAGGCUUGGUUCCUUGGAAGCAAAUCCCACUCAAUUCAGGGGGGCUUACUCUCGAGUAAAUGUGCAUAGACUGUACCCCCUGGUACAAAUGUCUCACUAAAUGAAGUGGGCGGGGAUCCAUGUUUUGAGACCGCAUACGUUCUCUGGCGAGAUACAGUUGAUCACGUACUGAUGUCAGUUGUUUGAUUUGUUAACAGCGUGGCCGUUUUAAAUGUUUAUUUUGGAGGCUGUUCUCAGUCCAGAAGCUGGGAUUUUAAGAACUGCAUAUCAGACAGCAUUUUCAUUGUUACGUGUGUGUGUGAGUGUGUAUGUUUUGUGUUGUUAAGUUCUUUUUAAGUGUUACUCUCCUGCAAGUUUCCCAAGAAUACGUAUUUGUUUCUGAGAUGUUUCCUCUGAACAAAAGCAACAUGGCUGGAAACAUGUUUGGAACUUUAAAUUUAUUUCAUUGUGUUGUGGUUCAAUAAAUCACCUGUGUGCCUUAUUGAUGGACUAAUUUUCAUGGGGAGGGCAGUGGGAAAACGCCAGAGUCCCAAAUUUCCCCUUCCAGAUGCUUUUUGCAAAAAUGCAGCCAGUCGCAGAUCUCUGGAAUCUUGUCUGUGGCCCUCAGACUAACCUACCUCAAAGGGUUGUUGUGAGACUAAAAGCAGGUGGUUACCUUGCACUGCUUUACAGGAAGGGCGGGAUAAAAACUGAGCAGUAAAUAAGCAAUGUUUUGUUUUCUGCUAUUUGUCCUGGCUUUGAGAUGAGGAUUUUUGAUUGGCCUGAGUCAUCUGAGUGACUACAUCGUGUGCAUUGUCUUUGAGAUUGAGAUCCACCUAUUGGUGGCUUUGGCUGCAGCAGAAUUAACACCCAGCUAGAUAAAAAAACACACACCACAAUUUUGUUCUUUCCCAGGCACCUAAUUUCCAAGGCCGAGGUAGUAAUUGAGAGAUGAGGCUUGGCUAGUGCUUAAUUAAAAACAAAAAUAAAAUGAUAACAAAAAUAACACACUAAGCCCUAGUUACGUCCUGUCUUCCGAUUACUACCUUGGCUUUGGAAAAUGAGGUGCUUGGGAGAAGAAACAAAACUAUCCGUUAAUCUGUUUUUUUUCCGGUGGGUUAGUGAUGCAUCACUUGGCUGCAACCAAAACAAAUGUUGUCUCUUCAAAGGCGAUAGAACUGAACUACAGCAGGAGCUUUUUCUGCACUAGAGAGCACUUUGUUAGAUACAUGCAAAGUGGUCACCUUAGGGCAGGGCUGCCGAUGUUGGACUACAACUCCCAUCAUCCCUGACUCUUGGCCACUGUGGCAGGGGAUUAUGGUAGUCCAGGAAAAUGGGGGGCGGUGGGCAGUUGUGCCUUAGGGGGUAACUCUGGGUUCAUUCCAACAUCAAGAAGAAACGUGGUUAAAUCUUGGUAUGUGGAAAUGGCUUGUUGCAAAGAAAAAGAUUUACCAAGUAAAAGAUUGUGUUUAAGUGUAUUGUUGUUGUUGUUAUUAUUAUUAUUUCUGUUGUUGUAACUUGUCUUAUUGUGAGCUACCCUGGCCAUGAUUUUGUGGGAAAGGGGGUGUAUAAAUAAAUGUGAUUGGUUGACUUUAAAA